ACACAACGAGCCGUGUAUUUACCAGUCUGCCUUAGAUAGACCACCCUGCAGGAGCACUGACUUUGAAGCUCAUGGGACUAAACAUGGAGCUUUAAAUCAUCUGGAUUGGACCUUAAAUUAAGAAAAGUUCUUUUAAUACUCAGUUUGAGUAAAUCUGAAUUUUUCUAUCCUGUUUCUGUUUUUUCUUUUUCAUAUUUACUGCUGAUCUGGAGACACACUCCCCCGUGAAUGCUGAGGUCGGUGCAUGUCCCUCAGAAACAAGGAAGUGAAGUGGUAACCAUGUGGAUCCCGACUCCCAGCAUGACUCUCCCUCAGCGGGUGGUGCUGUAUGGGACCUGUAUGCUGGCGUUGAUGAACUCUGUGGGCCUCCUGGUUCUCCUGGUCCAGCAGAACCAGCAGCGUGUGUUACUGGAGCAGGCAGAGGGGAGGCUGACGGAGGUGCAGCAGAGCUCGGUGGUGGAGUUCAUCCAGGAGGUGCCGAGAGGGGCGGCAGGGCUGAGAGCGAGCAUGGUGGACCAGCCUAAGUACCAGUACCAGUACUCCAGGAACAAGAGGAGCGAGGAGCUGGAGAAGGAGCUGCAGCAGGAGCUUCACCAGGAGGAGGUCGUGGAGGAGCAGGAGGUCAGCCAGGAGGUGGGAGAGGAGACAGAGAUGAAGAUGAAGAAUGAAGUGAAGCACAAACACGGACAGACUUACCAUAAAGCGCACGUGCAGGAUGACAUGAUGAUGAUGAUGACCUACUCCAUGGUGCCGGUGAGCAAAUCAAACCUGCAGGUGGAACUUAGACUUAUGGUCCACGAUGAUGGUGGAUAUCACCUGUUUAAACUAAGUAGCUGGUCAGGCCUGGGACCAUUACAAAACGUUAGUUAGUUAGUUAGUUUAUUGUCCACAAGUGGAAAUUUGUCUUUAGUCUCAUCGUGUACAAAAAACAGAUCAACAACAGAAAGGACAGCAGCAACAGAAACAUAACAAAUACACACAAAACAUCUUGGCAGCAAAAGAGGGAGGACAACAGUGGCAGGUACUGUAUGUAACACAGAUCUAACGGAACAUAGGCCUACUAUCAUUCAGUGCCCUGAUGGCGUUAGGAAUGAAUAUGUUUUUGAAGAGGUCACAAUUUGCCUAAGGUACUUGAUAACGUCUGCCUGAACGGAGUAUAACGAACUCACUGUACAGUGGGUGAGAAGGAUCAUUUACUAUCUUAACAGCUUUUUCCUAAUCACAUCCUUGUAGAGCUUAAGUGUUUCUGUUGCUUCCCUAUGAUUUCAGGUUUAGUUUGAGUUGAAAGUCAUUUUUUAUUAUGUGUUUGAAAAUAAAACAAGAUAAUAUUGGCCUGAGGGUAAACUCUGCAUUAUUACAUAUCUUGUGAGUUCACAUUUUCAGCCUCAUAAAGAAAGGCUUGAAAAUGUUAAUUUUGUGAAAAGGUCCAACAGUUUAUUUUCCAAUGUUUCAAACCCUUAGUCACCGACAUUGUCCAAACUAAAUGUAUGAUUGUAUUCUUCAAAAACAGAUAUUAAGUUUAAAAAAAAAAAAAAAAGCAACAAAAGAAUCCUGUUUGAGGAUGUUUUACCCAUUAGACACAAGAAAACUUUAGCAGCGUUAAACUGAGAAACACACAAUUAGCCAAUGUUUCUGACAUUACAGCGAAAUACGCAGAGAGAAAAAUACAAUUAUCCUGUAACAUCAAAAUCCCUUUGUAUAAGUCCUGUUGAUACAAGAAAGUAUGAUUCGUUUGUUUUAACCUCAGAGACGGUACUGUUUAGACAAACUGAUUUGGCUGCUUUAAAGCUCCUGUGAUGAACUCUCAUUUUGUGUCAAUGGCGCCCCCUGUGGAUGAAGCUGUCUUUGCCUGUCUUGACCUCCACAUGAUUAAAUUGUGUCAUUUGCAAAAUAAUAAUAAUAAUAAAUAAAUAAAUACAACAUCCAGCAGACUUUUGACCAUAAAAUACACAAUUUAUUGUGACUAUUUCUAACUUUAAAAUCUUUAAAGCUCCUGUGAGUUUUUCAAGUUCAUGAAAUUGAUUUGAAUAUUAAUUAAUAACUUGUUAAAAUAUAAAAAGGCAAACAAGACUGUUACCAACAAGACUGAUGUGUUUUUCUGUUGUUGUUGUUAUUUUAACACCUGAAACUGGAGACAGUAGGCAGGUGUCAGUCAAGCAGCUAAAGAAAAAAGACCAGUUUUUAUACUUUUGACAUAAAACCUUUGAAUAAAUGACACAUUUGACUGUCGAUAACCAGCUAAAGUGAUCAUUUUUUGGCAGAAGACUCCAAUGGAAAAUAACUCACAGGAGCUUUAAUAAAUAAAAUAAAAAGGGAAAGAUUCUUAACAUAUUCAGUUAAGGUGAAAGGGGGGGCUACUUCUGCCCCAAGACCUCAAACUAAGUUGUUCCGGCCCUGGAGACAAACAUGAAAUUGAUCUAAAAUCCCUGUAUGUGAUUAACUUUGAUAUCUUUCUUUCUUUUUCAGAUCAAACUGCUGAUCGACAUUUGCAACAGCACCAAGGGAGUCUGUAUAGCUGGUACGUUUUACUCAGAGCUUUAUAAACCACUCCUGUCCAAAAUCUUCAUUUUUGUCCUCUAACAUCCUCAAAUCUUCUUUUCCAGGACCUCCAGGACCACCUGGUAAGUCAAGGCCUUACUGAGGAUCCAAAUCUAAAAUCUAGCCACUACUGUACAUCCCUUUUGUAGCUCAGUGACCCAAAUUUUCAGCGAAAGUGUUUCACAUUCAGCCCACGGUGAAGAUUUAUUUGUGCCACCGUAGGUUUGCCCGGUGCAGACGGUAUGCCCGGAUAUAAUGGGACUGAUGGCAUCCCAGGACUCAAUGGAGUGCCCGGGGCUGAUGGGAAAAGAGGAAAAAAAGGUAAGAAAAUAAGAAGGCUCUUCUCUUAUUUUACGCACCAUCCUUUUUUUAUUGUUACCCCAGGCAAUGUUUGCCAUUUUAGUGCAGGACUUCUGGUACAAUAUAACAGUCAAAGGGUUGAGUGUAACCUCAGGGUGAAGUACCAAAAUAUGAAGCAUGCACCGUCACUUUGAAUCAUGCACACACAAAGACACUCACACAAAACAAACUUAAAACAUCCUCAGUAUUCAUUAUUUACAAUGACAGUCGACUCUAUUCAUGAGACUUUCCUGUAAUUCAUCAGUGACUGAGGAGGCUGGAGCAGCUGCUUUUCUCUCACAUUCUCUGCUAAUGCUAUUCAUGUUUGUGGUUUUGGGCUGCAGCUAAAUGAAAAUCUUUCCUCCAUCAUCCUCCCACUUCACUCCAUUCUCCUCCUCAGUGGACACAUGAGUCAGCAGAGCAAGUCAAUGAAAGAGUUCAUGUUCCUGUAACAAUAGGGUGACGAUUAUGGAGGGUAUGAAUGCAGACUUAGAGGUGAAAUUCAUGAUGUUCUCAACAGGGCCGCCAGGUGAGACGGGAGAGCCGGGAGUAAAAGGUGAGCCUGGAGAGCCUGGUCCGCCUGGGGCGAAGGGACAGCCAUCCAACGACAUCAUCAUAGAGGGCGAGUAGAGUCCUCUUUUACACCCUGAAAAAUCGAGUGUUGAAUCCAAAUGUUGACAAAAGCGAGAAACCUUUACUUUUUCAUGGAGGAGGUUUAAAUGUAGUUUCCUCUCCUUUGACAGGUCCUCCUGGUCCUCCAGGUCCCCCAGGCCCUCCAGGACCUCCAGGUCCUCAGGGGCCAUCCAGAAUAAGACACCACAGAGCUAACCUUCAGGCGGCUCAGACACUCGGUAAGCGACUUUUGAAAUAAUAAUAUUAAUAAUAGUGCAUCAGAUUUUUAUAGCGCUUUUUUUGUCAGUGACCUAAAAGAGCUUUACAUUGGAUACAUCAUUCAUUCACUCACACAGUCACACCUUGGUGGUGCCAGUUUGCGCCCAUGGCCGCUCCGCCCACCAUAACACAACACUCACAAUCAUACACCAGUGGAGGACACACACUGUGAGCAUGGUGGGUUAAGUGUCUUGCCCAAGGACACAACGGACAGACUCGGGAUAGAGGGGAAUCGAACUGCCAACCUUCCAGUAUUGGCCGACUGCUCUACCUCCUGAGCUACUGCCACCCAUGAAUCUUCACUCAAAACAAAAAUCUCAGCCCUGAGCUCACAUGGAGGCAGUUUUGGAGAUUUCAGUCAUAACUUGUGAUGUUUCUCAGCAGAUCGAGUCAGACCUGUUAACUCAGGGUUGUAGGUGUUGAUACUUGAAUUGUACCGAGUCUUUGGUGAGACACUUUCAGAGGAAAAACUCCACUUCUGGUAGAAAACAGUGUGAUAUGAUCAGACGCUCCAGAGUAGGGACACAAUAUAGCUGGUAAUGAUUGCUCUGUUCCAGUAUGUGUGAAGAUAACAGAAAACAAACUAAUCCUGACAGGGCUGGUACACGCUGUUCCAAACGAUGAAACUUCUCCUGUUAAAGAGGCGUCAAAACUGCACGAGAAGUCUACCAAGAAGAACGGUGAGUUCACCUGAAGGUUUGCUUCUUAUCGUGUAUGUAAAGUGUUAGAGCUUUGAUCAUGUAACGUUGUUUGUUCGCCUCAGAGUGCCUGAUCAAGUCACUGAUCAACCCCAGGAAUGUGGCGAAGAUGGAGAGCACGUUUGGCACCUGGAUGAAGGACACCGCACGACUGCACGAUGAGAGGAUAUGGGUGGCAGAGCACUUCUCCGGUGAGUAAAAACAGAAACGAUGGAUAUAAAUCUUUUUGAGUCAGAGUCAGACUUUUUUAGUAACCUCUAAUGCUGCAUUGGUCUUUUCAACUCUUCUAGGUGUUUUUUUUUCUUCUGGUGUUCUUCAGCGGUCCUAUUGAUUAUUAGUCCAAACAGUACCUUUAAAAGCGUACUUUUUGUCACGUUUAGCUGUUAACUUUUUGCCUGUCCUCCUCCAGGUCGUGUGGUGAAGGAGUACUCAAGCAUCGCCUCCUUUCAGAACAACAGUAGUACUGCUGUGGAUGUCAGGAAGUUCUACCAAGGCUGUGGCCACACUGUUCACAACGGCUCCUUCUACUAUCACAUCGCUGGUACCUCCAGCAUCGGCAGGUACAGAGAGAGAGAAAUUGAUGCUUUUUACUUUUCAGUUCUCCUCCAGGUGAUCAACCUCCUCUUUGUGUCCUUCUAGGUUUGACUUUUCCACCAGGAAGUUUCGCACUCUGAGCAUAGAAAACGCUCUGUACCACAGCCUCGCCUACCUGCUCCAUAACUCCAAGACCUACUUCAAACUGGCGGCGGAUGAGAACGGCUUGUGGCUGAUCUUUGCCUCCAGUGUGGAUGAGAGCAUCAUGGUGGCCCAGCUGGAUGAAAAGACCUUCUCUGUGACAUCCUACAUCAACACCACCUACCCACGCAGCAAAGCUGGCAAUGCCUUCAUCGCGUGUGGCGUCCUGUACGUCACGGACACAAAGGACACCAGGAUCUCCUUCGCGUUCGACCUGCUUAAGGGGAAACCAGUGAACAUGACCUUUGACCUGAGGUCUCCGGUUGGAGUGCUGGCGAUGCUGUCCUACAGCCCGAAGGACAGACACCUGUAUGUGUGGGACAACGGCUCGGUCAGGCUGUAUGUGGUCCACUUCAUCUCUGACGAGUGAGCAUCAGAGUCUCACUGCGACACGACAGACGGACACGACUGCUAAAUUAUAAGAGUCAAUUAUGUCUUUGGACUCAGAUCUAUUUUAGACUUUUAGGGAAAAAAUUCAGUUUUAGGUCCUGCUAAUUUCACCUGUUCGAUCAAAGUGUUAAAAAUCAUUAUUUUCUUUUUUAGAGGAUUGUUUUUAUAUUUAAUUACUGCUGUAUGUGUAUCCUUUUUGCUCUGUUCAUGUACGAUUUUGUAGUUACUAACAGAGUGAACAAUUGAUGUGAUUUUGCAUCAGACUGUUUUACAUUGAUGCAAAUUUAAGUUAUAACAUAUUUGAAGUAUUUUUGCAUGACUUUUGUGUAUUUUUAUACUGUAGAUGCACGUUACCCUCCUCAUCGUCUUGCUCAACAUAGAGAAAAAAAAAACAACAGUGCCCAAUCCAGCUGAUGAAAUAAAAAGAAUUUAUUCACUUUACAAAGGUAAAACUCUGACCAUGACCUGUUCUCUCGCACACCUUCAGGCUCAAGUGCCCCAGUAAGCGUCUCCCCGUGAUAUUGGCUUCUUUUGCAUUAUUACAUGCACACACACACGCACACACACGCACGCACACACGCACCAGACACCAGUAGGACCAUCGGUAAAACACUUAAGUUACAUACAGUACACAUAGUGGGCAGAAAGAGGGAGAGAAACACAAAUCUCUUUAAUAAAUACCAAACAUACACUUAACAAAAGUUACAACUAAUCCAGCCGGUAUGAUACAAACCAAAAAUAAAGAAAUGCUUUCAUGUUUGUACAA